AAGCCAAAAUUUACGAUCAAACAGUUUAUAGUACUCUUUUAUAGUGAGUAGUACAGAGAAUAUCAUUGUAAACGACUUAUAUAUUUAUGGAAAACGGUCGUUAUUAUAGUGACUUGGAGAUAGAACUAGAAGAAGAUUUGGUCCUUUUUUUGUCAUAAUCCUUUUAUAAAAAUAUUACUACUAAGUUAUCGCACUUUUGACACGAAAGCUUUGUGUAAGAAGUUAUUACGUUGAACAAUUUUAUUAGAUUGUUGCAAUUCAAAUUGUAAAUCUACCCCUAAAUUGAUAAAUAUGGACCAACAAGAACCGACGAAAAAACUAGCCGAUACCCAGGAAAACGUAAAGGUAGAAAAUGUCCAUCAAGACAUAAGUGCUGAACAAGCUUCGACAACAACGGUUCCACCACCUAAUGUAGUUAGGAGGUUUGUUUUAAUCAAAGUUCCCAGAAAAAAACGUGUAACUAUUGUCACUGGCACCCCAUCAACUGCUUUCUUUCAAGGAGUUAAUACCAAUACAUCUCACAUCGACAUUCCGUAUCAACUACCUUCUACUUCUUUCGACUGGCCACCUUUAGGAAAAAAGAAAAUAGUAAUGGUAAAAAAAAAACAGGAACACAUGUAUCACACUGUCGAGCUGUCCUACUAUGAUAUGCAUGAUGAGAAGUUUGUAUGUACUCUAUGUAAUAAAAAGUUCAUACACCGUCAGUCUAUCGAAGAGCAUAUUCUAUCACAUGACAAGAUGGACAAUUUCACAUGCGUCGAAUGUUCUCAAGUGUUUUACUCAUCGCCUAGACAGAUGUUAGAGAAAAAGAUUAUGAUGAUGAAUGUAUCCCAAAACAGGCACAGGCAUCAUGGACAUUUGUUGUCGCAGUUAAAUAGCAGAGAACGUCGACGACUGGUUCAAGUUUUUGUUUGCGAGAUCUGCCGCAAAAAAUUCAGCUGUAAGACUUGGUUGAAAAUUCAUAAGAAAGUCAGCAUGGUUUGCCGUAUGACUGUGUUAAAACGAUUUUAUUCCAUUGCCUGGGUUCAAAUUAGACGUUCCAUGUAGUAUAAAAAAAAAGACUUGGGUUAUCCAACAUUUCUAUAUUUAUUAUUAUGAUUAUCAGACUAUGAUUAAAAUUUAAUUUAUAUUAUUAAAAGUUAUUUCUACAUUUUCUAUGUG